CUGCCCCUCCUUCCCCACUGACCUUGGUGUCUCCAUGUUUCCUUCACAUGUUCUCACAUCCUCCUCUUCUCUGGCUAGGAAAAACCAUGUGUGCCCCACUUCGUUUCGAUUUGCUUCUUAAAUAUGUUAUCACAGAGGUGUUGCCAUCAUCUCUCACUGGCCCAGCAUUGGCCAGCAGCAAGUCCAUCUUCAGAGCCAUCAGGGAUCGGCUCUGCCAGACAUGGUGGAAGCUUCCAGCAGCUUCUCACAGAAGCCACCUCCGUAGCCCCCCUGCUUCCAAAAGCCAGACUGUGCAAACAGAACUUAGCUUGUUCAGAUGGGAUGUUCCUCUUCUGAGAAUUUUCUUCUAAAAUCGUGCUCCUUGCCACGUAUUAGCUGUGAGACAUUUGAUGGGACACUCAGCAGUGUAUCACACACAGUUACAGGUGGUGUUUCGCUGUGAGCUAAUCCUUCACGAACAGUGGCAUCUAAAACCUCUCAUUUCUCACAUCACAAAAUGAAGAAUGAGGAAACUGAAAGAAACAUGUAAAUUAAGUGGUUUCCAGUAAUGUACUGUCUGUAAUGCAGCUCUAAAUUUAGUACAAACAAUUGUAAUUAUGAAAUUAGCUUUUAUGAAAAAGUUUAUGGUGUUCUGCAUAAGCAGCAGUUAUCUGGUGACUAACAGAGCAGAAUCCAAAUAGCCCUGGAUGGAUCUGUUUUAGUAUCUGUGGCUGUGUAAUUUUGCCUUGCACGUAGGGAAGUCCCCGUGUUAAAAUAGUAAGAAACCAAAUGCAAAUGAUCUGCAAAAGCUGCAAGUUCCACACCCAAGUUCCAGGGGAGGGCUACUGUUAGCAUUUAAUGUUUUUAAUGCAGCCAGAGGAAGCUUUUUUCUUUACAAGCUAACAAGGGCUCACCUCCUCCUCAUUUGUGGAGCCACUGGAGGGGCUGGGCUGGGAACUUGCUACGGGAAACACCAACUCCAUACAAACCACAGUGGGUAAACAAUUCUGGGUGAUUGCAGCGGGAGUUCCGCUUCCCCAGGGCUUUAAGAAGAAGCAGAGCAGUGCCAGGGGAGAGGAGAGCAGCCAGCCAAGCAGGAGCAGGGUCCGGAGGAGAACAUUUCGGGCAGGAGCAGCAAUGGGGGACGUCUUCAUCCGACACAUUGAACUGCUGGGCUACGAGAAAAGGUUUUUCCCCAGCCAGCACUAUGUCUACAUGUUCCUGGUGAAGUGGAAUGACCUCUCUGAAAAGGUCGUCUACCGCCGCUUUACUGAGAUAUAUGAAUUCCACAAAGCACUGAAGGAGAUGUUCCCCAUUGAAUCCGGGGACAUCAACAUAGAGAACCGGAUCAUCCCGCACUUGCCAGCCCCAAAGUGGUUUGAUGGGCAACGCUCAACUGAGAACAGGCAGGGCACACUGGCUGAGUACUGCUACACACUGGUCAACCUACCCCACAAGAUCUCCCGGUGCCUGCAUGUGGUCAACUUCUUCAAGGUCCGUCAUGACGACAUGAACCCUGUCACAGACAGCCAGAUCAAGAAGCCUGAGGUCUUCCUCCUGCCAAAGGAUUCCAAGAAAAACCUCACUGACAUCACAGGCCCCAUUGUCCUGCAAACGUACCGAGCCAUUGCUGACUACGAGAAGAACUCCACAUCUGAGAUGGCUCUCAAAGCUGGGGACAUGGUGGAUGUCGUGGAGAAGAGCGAGAAUGGCUGGUGGUUUUGUCAAUUGAAGAAUAAACGAGGCUGGGUACCUGCUGCCUAUCUGGAGCCACUGGAUGGUCCUGAUGAGUCUGAAGAGCAGGAGCCUAACUAUGCAGGUGAAGCAUACAUCGUCCAGAAAAGCUACACUGCUGUGGAAGAGGAUGAGCUGACCCUCAAGGAGGGUGAUACUAUUGAAGUCAUCCACAAGCUCCUUGAUGGCUGGUGGGUUAUCAGAAAGGAUGAAACCACAGGUUACUACCCCUCCAUGUACCUGCAGAAAGCUGGGGAGGUGAACACCUCUGUGAAGAGUGAGCUGAGGAACCGGGGUGCUCCUCCACGGAGGUCCACCAUCCGAAACAUAAAGAGCAUCCACAAGCAGGGCCGGAAGCAAAUCAGCCAGGAGACCUAUAGGAGGAACAGCAAGAAGUACAUCCAGAACCGGCGGAACAUGAGGGGAAAUUCCCAGAGCAAGGCCAACGUCAUCAUUGAGAAAAAUGAGCCAGAGGACAACAAGCCCAAGGCUCAACCUGCUGUUCCUCCCCGUCCCAGCAAAGACCUCAUCCUGAACCGCUGCACUGAGAGCACAUGGAGGAAGAUCCUGUGAGGAUCCUGUGAGCCCCCACACCAGACACCCAAAGCUUCAUCUCCUCCAGCUUCUGUGCAGCUAGGGCUCAGAGCCAGACCAGGGAUCCAGGAGGAUCUGGCAGCCACCACAGGCCAGGGAGGAUGGUGGCCAUGUCAGCCCAGCCCAGUGCCCAUCCUCAUCCUCAUCCUCCACCACAGCCAGCCCAAGGUGUCCUGAUAGCACUUUGAGGAGGGACCAGCGCUACUCUACCAGCUCCUUAUAACCACCAAAAAUCCUCAUCUACAGCUGCCCUUCUAUUACCUCUUUGUAUUUUGAAUUGUGUUUUUUUGUUUUCAUCAAUAAAGGAAAGACACUUUAUAGAC